AUGGGAGGGUUUGCCCAUGUGUACCUUUACCAGCAUGUUGUAUCAAAUGAAAAACUAGCAGUCAAAAUGUGCCGCCUAGACUUAACGCCGAGGAAUAAAGACAGAUGGAAAAGGGAAAUUCUAAUCAUGAAAAAGUUAAAUCAUAUAAACGUGGUGACGGGUCGGGACGUCCCUGAAGAAAUCACCCACAUAGCCUUAAAUGAUCUUCCACUGCUGGCCAUGGAGUACUGCUCGAGAGGAGACCUGCGAAAGGUUCUGAGCAAACCUGAAAACUGCUGCGGUUUGAAAGAAAGUGAAGUGCUUUCAUUACUCAGCGAUGUUGGGUCCGGUAUCCAGUAUCUCCACGAAAACAAGAUUAUACACAGAGACCUGAAGCCUGAAAACAUUGUGCUACAGGAUAUAAACGGGAAGCUGGUUCAUAAAAUCAUUGACCUGGGCUACGCCAAGGACCUGGACCAGGGAAGUCUCUGCACGUCUUUUGUCGGAACUCUGCAGUAUCUGGCUCCAGAACUUUUUGAGAACAAGCCGUACACUGUCACUGUGGACUAUUGGAGUUUUGGUACAAUGAUUUUUGAGUGUAGCUGCGGCUUUCGUCCUUUUUUUCACAAUCUUCAACCGGUGCAAUGGGUGAGCAAGGUGCGAAAUAAAGGUCCUAAGGAUAUUAUGGCUGUGGAGGAACCAACUGGGGAGGUCAAAUUCUCCAAACACAUGCCAAACCCCAAUAAUCUCAGCAGACCGCUUUUGGAGCCGAUGGAGGAGUUGCUUCAGCUCAUGUUAAAGUGGGAUCCCGUUCAUCGAGGAGGAAAAGUCAACACUGAAAAUAAGAAGCCGCCGUGUUUUGAUUUUCUCGAGCAGAUUCUUAGUAUGAAGGUGGUCCACAUUCUCAACAUGGUCACGGCGCAGGUCCAUUCGUUUCAGCUGAGUCCAGACGAGACGCUGUACAGUCUCCAGAAACGCAUCGAGGCCGAAACCAAGAUCGAAGUGGUGAACCAAGAGCUGCUUCAGGAGACCGGAGUGUCCCUGGACCCUCGCAAACCGGCCGCACAGUGCGUUCUGGACGGAGUGAGGGGCUGGGACAGCUACAUCGUCUACUUGUUUGACAGAAGUAUGAGCAAGUACACCGGCCCCCUCAGUUCCAGACAGCUGCCUGAGAAAGUCAACACAAUCGUUCAAGAACCCAAAACCCAAGUGUCAUUAGUGGUGCUGAAGAAGAUUUGGGGACAGGCAGUGAGUUACAUCUGCGGGCUGAAGGAGGAUUACAGCCGACUGUUCCAGGGACAGAGGGCUGCCAUGUUGAGUCUUUUAAGAUACAACACCAACCUGACCAGAUGUAAAAACAGCAUGUUUGGCUUUUCUCAACAACUCAAAGCCAAACUGGACUUUUUUAGAAGCAGUAUUCAGUACGAUCUGGAGAAGUACAGUGAUCAGAUGCACUAUGGCAUAUCCUCUGAAAAGAUGCUUAAGGCCUGGCAGGAGAAUGAAGAAAGAGCAGCUGCUUUUGCCCAGGUGGCAGAAGUGGGCCAUUUAGAUGACGAGAUUAUGGCUCUUCACUCUGAAAUAGUGGAACUACAGAGAAGCCCCUAUGCCCGUCGCCAAGGAGACAAGAUCGAGCAGUUAGAAGAAAAGGCGAUUGAGCUUUACAAACAACUGAAGAUGAAAUGCAAAAUCCCGGAGUCUGAUGUGAGCUCUGACAGCUCUGAGAUGGUCAAGGCCAUCAUUCAGACCGUUCAAAACCAGGACAAGGUCCUCAAAGACCUGUACACACACCUCAGUAAAAUCCUAAUCAGCAAACAGAAGAUCAUCGACUUAUUUCCACGGAUUGAGAAAACGUUAGAAAACAUUAAAGAUGCUGAUAACACAGUUAUGCAGAUGCAAAUCAAAAGACAACGAGAGUUCUGGCAUUUGUUGAAGAUAGCAUGUGCUCAGAACUUGUCCAGAAACUCCAUCGCCGUGAGUCCAGAGUCCAACCUGCUGCAAGUGUCUCAGUGGUCACCGUCGCAGCCACAGUCUCCAUCACAGUCCCAGUCUCAGUCCCAGUCUCAGGCCCAGUCUCAGGCCCAGCCGGUCAGCUCCCCACACCCCCUCACCUCUCUGCCCGGCCCGAACGACAGAGACGCGGCCCCACGCCUGCUCCAGGAGAACCAGAAGUACCUCAGUCAGCUGACCAGCCUCAUGCAGGAAGCUGCUGACGACCAGGCCAAGAGUAUAGUGUUUAGCCGCUUCUCCGUCCCCACUCGAGCCGUGUGCGUCCUGGAAUUUGAUAAGAAUCGUUCCGAGCCUCGCUGA